AUGGAUUCAGAAGGUACUCCUUCGAAGUGUUUACAAGAGUCUCCUUCAAAGCAAAUUUCUCAACUCGACUUAGUGAAUCGAGUAUCGGUGAAAAUUCCACCAUUUUGGGAGAACAGCCCGGAUCUCUGGUUUUCACAAAUUGAAGCACAGUUUGACAUCGCAACAAUAACCAAUGAGAACACAAGAUUCUCAUAUGUAAUCGCAAACCUCGAGGAGAAACAGGCUCAAGAAGUAGAAGAUGUCAUUAAACAACCGCCGACAGAAAACCCCUACUCCUACUUGAAGAAAGUACUUAUAAGCAGACUAUGUGCUUCGGAAGAAACCAGAAUCAAACAAAUCCUCUCUGAAGAAGAGUUAGGAGAUCGCCGUCCAUCGCAGUUUCUUCGACACUUACGUUCCCUUGCUGGCCACACGACAAUCGGUGAAAGCAUGUUCAGAUCACUAUGGAUGCAAAGGCUUCCUGCGUACAUACGCGCCAUACUGCAAACACAAUGCGACCUGCCUCUAGAUAAACUAGCAGCUACCGCAGAUAAAAUUUUAGAGGUACAGCCGUUAAUCCACCACGUAGAUUCAACCAAGCAAGUGCACUAUAAUAAACCUUCUGAGCAACGCCAGAGUGAUCAACUGGAAGAAUUAACCAAGCAAGUACGCGACUUACAGAAACAAAUUCGAUAUUUAAAUCAAAAAGGAAGAUCAAGAUCAAAAAGUAGAGAACGGGUGGAAUACACAAAAUGUUGGUACCAUAAUCAAUUCGGCAGAAAAGCAAGAAAAUGUCAGGCACCCUGCUCCUGGAAUAUGUACCGUAAAACAUCCAAUACAAAAAACGAGAAAAAAGAUCAGUAA